CAGGCGGUGCCCAGGGUAGUGCAGAGUUAUGGGCCAUGAGCCAGCGGUGAGUGUAGAGCGGGCCCCUGACUCCUUGGGGGGCCUUCACCAGGUCACUCCCUCUGAGUCUCCAUUUCCGCUUCUCUGAGACGAGGGCAUCUGGCAUCCCGUACCUUUCGGAUCCCUCCGUAAUGUUGCAUUUCACUAGAGGUGGACUUUCUAGAACGUCUCUUCUUUUUGUUGGGUUGGAGACAUGCUGGGGGUUUGGCCUGCCCUUGGCCUUGGCACUGGUGUGUCUUCACCAUUAUUGGCUUAUUAUGAAGUAGCACAUCUGUUUGAGUUAAUUCGACGUGUCCCAUCUGAUGAUGGACAAACUCAAACAGCCAACACGUGAUUAGUUGGCGGGGUGCCCGGCAAAAUGUCAGGUAUAUUUGCUGUUCUGGACCACACUCGUGUUAGGAGAAAACAUCAUGGUGACUGGCCUCUUAGAAGGGUUUAAUGUCAGCCUUGGCCGGAUGAGAUGUAAGAGAAAUAGCUACUUCAAGGGGUUAUUGGGAGGAUUAAGUGAGAAAAUGCAUGCAAAGUGCUUGGUACUUUCCCCCGAAUCUCAUACGGGAACAAAAAAUGUCAGUAACAAAUGUGGUUUUUGGACUAAACUGUGACUUUUAUGUUUUUUAUUGGUGGGGGGUUUUGUUGUUUUCUUGGUUUGGGAAGUUUUGCCCAGUUUAUGCCCAAGCAACUCCGGAGGCGUGGUUCAUUUAUAACUGGUAAAAAUAAGCAUUUUUUUUUUUUCCCCUGUCGGAAUUGAUUUUGACUGAACUUUAGAAAGUGAUGGGUUAAGUGUCAUGUGUUCAAAUUAAGGUUCAAAUUAAGUGUCAUGUGUUCUGUAAAGUGAAGAAAAACAGUUCGUCCUGGAGAUCCCCUAUUAGGGGUGGCUGGGACGAAGUUUAAGCUGCACUGUGGGCAAAUUAGGGUGUGGUUGUGCUCCCGCCCUGGCACAGUGGCCCUGGCACAGUGGUGUCGCGGAAAUAAGCUGCCCGAGGCUGGGGGAGGUGAGCCGGCCGGUAGCGGCGCCCCCUUUCAGGUUGAGUGAGAACCUUUUCGGAUGUUUGACUCACCUGGAGUUUUCACAGCCACCCAACCGCUGGUGUGGCUGGUGGAUUCCCAGGUGACAGACUUGGAAACCGAGGCGCAGAGAGCUCUCCCGGCCGGGACGCGGCGGUGUUUUCUCGACUCCGGGUCUUGUGUUUUCUCCGUGGUGCCUCCAGCGCUGCCUUCUGUCGGGAGUCGUAGUUUCGGGUCCGGGCCUCUCUCUGCGGUUCCGGAAGCUCGGUUGUUACCCGUUUGCACCUUGUUUCCGGAUCAGGUGACCUCGUCGGCUCAUCCGACUCUCUGGCAGUUUGUUUCUCACCCCCCGGGUGACUCAUUUGUGGUUAGAAGCGUGGCUGUCAGCAGUACUUGAAAGCUUGGGCUCUUCUUACCCGGUGAUUUGUGCUUCUGUGGCCCCCGCCCCCGGGUCUGCGUGGGAAGCCGGGCUGCCCUGAAGAAGGCGGUUUGUGGGAGUCCCGUCGGAGUGGGAGAGGACAGCGGUGACCACGGGUGUCCGUGCCGGGAGCUGUGGGAACUGCCGUGGGACGCUGCUAGGUGGGAAGUGCUCGCUUCGGGGCUCCCGGGCUCUCAGACCCGCCUUGGUGCGGCCAGAGUGCAACAGGUGGCUCUUGGCCUCCUUGUAGGACGUCCCGGUCUUCAGGAACCACGCUGGCUCCACGGAUAGGACUUAUCCUUGCACAGUGGACCCCUGAACCACACGCGUUUGGACUCUGCGGGCCCAUUCGCCUGCAGCCUGUUUUCAGUAAAUAUAUCGGAACAUCUUUUUUUCGAGUUGUGAGUCUGUGAGUUGAAAGAACACAGGCAAGCCGCAGAGCCUAGAACUGUCACAAGAACUCAGAACAAGGAUUUACAGAUGGAUCCAGUGGAAAAGACCACAAACAGAAGUGAACAAAAAUCCAGCAGAAAGUUUUUAAAAAGCCUCAUCCGGAAGCAGCCCCAGGAGCUGCUCCUGGUCAUCGGGACGGGCGUCAGCGCCGCGGUGGCCCCGGGAAUCCGCGCCCUCUGCUCGUGGCGGAGCUGCAUCGAGGCCGUCAUCGAGGCCGCCGAGCAGCUCGAGGUGCUUCACCCCGGGGACGUCGCGGAGUUCCGCAGGAAGGUGAUGAAGGACCGGGACCUGCUGGUCGUCGCCCACGACCUGAUCCGGAAGAUGUCGCCUCGUACAGGUGACACCAAGCCCAACUUCUUCCAGGACUGCCUGAUGGAGGUUUUCGACAACCUGGAACACCACAUCCAGAACCCGCUGGUGUUGCAGUCCGUCCUCAGCCUGAUGGACAGGGGCACGAUGGUCCUCACCACCAACUACGACAACCUGCUGGAGAUUUUCGGGCAGCAGCAGAGCAAGCCCAUGGAGUCCCUGGACUUGAAGGACAAGACUAAGGUCCUUCAGUGGGCGCGAGGGCACAUCAAAUACGGAGUUCUCCACAUUCACGGCUUGUACACCGAUCCCUGCGGGAUGGUCCUGGAUCCGUCGGGGUACAAAGAUGUUACUCAAGACCCGGAAGUCAUGGAGGUGCUCCAGAACCUGUACCGCACCAAGUCCUUCCUGUUCGUGGGCUGCGGAGAGACCCUGCGGGACCAGAUAUUCCAGGCUCUCUUCCUCUACUCGGUGCCCAACAAGGUGGAGCUGGAGCACUACAUGCUGGUGCUCAAGGAGGACGAGGACCACUUCUUCAAGCAUCAAGCGGACAUGCUUCUGCACGGGAUCAAGGUCGUGUCGUACGGGGACUGUUUUGACUAUUUUCCCGGAUACGUGCAGGACCUCGCCUCUCAGAUCUGCAGGCAGCGCAGCCCAGAUGCUGACCGAGUGGACAGCACCACGCUGUUGGGUAACGCGUGUCAGGACUGCGCGAAGAGAAAGCUGGAAGAGAACGGGAUUGAAGAUUCCAAGAGGCCCCGACGGUCCGAUGCAGACGAUGCCGGAGGGUCUUGAAAUCUUUAAAACCGCCAAAACCUGCCACUUGAAGACCAGCCUUGUGUAACCGCAGUGCCGUAACCUAAGCAACGAGGAAUGUUCAGAGAACUCCGUGUGGCAUCUCUCGCUCCAAAACCAUCCUACACCCCGGGAGAGCCGUGCGGGCGCCUCGGAGGCCGGCUGCAAGUUCCACCCUGUGGUUUGCGCGUUCGGGAGGUAGAGCCUCACACGGGCCCCGACGGACGGCUACCUCAGGGACCGGCGUGGUGGGAGGGAGACCGGACUCCUGGCUUCUGCCCGACGGGCCCCCUUCAUCAAGGUGGUUUUUCUAGUAAAAAGGGGAGGGUGAGGACUGUCCAAGCAACAGUAGUUGCCAAAGAGGAAAAAAAAAAAAAAAAAAAGACACUUACGAUUUUUACGUGGAAACGUGUUACUGUAGAAAAAAAUUCAAAGUACGGUGGUUGCGUUGUUCGCUAGGAAAGAACGAGCGGGUGCUUGUUUGAGGCACCGAGCCUGCUGCUGUGAGAGUGGUCGGUGUUGAAGAGGAAAGGCCAGCUGAGUGGGGUCGCUUUGGAAUUCCCUAAUUUUGGUGACUUCGGCUCCAAGGAGCGGCAGGGCCCAACUGGCCGCGGAGCCCCGGAGCCCCAGGGCCUUUGCACGAGCGCAGCUCGGCGCCACACAAGUCGGUGUUGCGACGGGCGCCUGAGAAAUGACCAGUGGAGCGCGAGACCAAGUUUGCAGCUUUUAGUUAGAAUAGAAAUCCCACGUUUUCGGAGUCUUUAUUCUAUGGGGGAAGGUCCAGCCUUUCUGUUCUUAUCUCUUAUAAGUGUCUCCCCAGGGCCCAUUUGGGGUUUGCCUGGAAUGAGGUGGGCAGACCUUGUCAGGGGCGUUGGGGUUCACGCAGGCAGGAGAGCACCACGCUGGGGGCAGGGCUCACGCCCAACGGUGGCCAUGGCGGUGACCCUGGGACCCUGCUUGGUUUCCUCCCAGAGGCUGCCUAUUUUGGAUGUGCUGUCCUUGCCAAAUUCCAUGAUGCUCCCCAUUGAUGGCGCUGGCCCCCUACCCUCCCCCCCGGUACAGAGAAAGUUAAGAACAAGAAACAUAAGGUUGGAACAUGUUGCAAGUGAGAGAUAAGCCAGAGACCUGCUUGAGACACUUUUUUUUCUCUUUUUGAAGCAUGAAAAAUCUCUUAUGUUACUCUGGUCAUAAAUAAAAUUUUAACCUCGA